UUUAUUCAGCAGCAGCUCCUCCAGCAGAGCAUGAUCAGUGGUCAGACCAGUGAGAGCUACAAUGAUGGAAACAUGUCUUCAUUAUCUGCUCUUUCUGACUUCACUGGUUUGCCUCAUAACUGAUGCAGCUGCUCUGACUGUGAGUCCCAGCAGAUCUCAGUUCUUUGAGUUAGACUCUGUGUCUCUGAGCUGUGAGGAGAACAACAGCUCUGCUGGAUGGACUGUAUGGAGGAACACAACCAGAGGAACCAGGACUCAGUGUGGAAAGGAAUGGGGGAAACUAGCUGGAUCUACCUGUAUCAUCAGUAAUGUUUUAGAAAGAGACAGUGGAGUUUACUGGUGUUGGUCGUCCAGAGAGGGAGCAGCCAGCAGCAGCAUCCAGCUCACUGUCACUGGUGGAUCAGUGAUCCUGCAGAGUCCUGUCCUCCCUGUGAUGGAGGGAGAUGACGUCACUCUGAGCUGUCUAACAAAAACCACUCCCUCCAACCUCCCAGCUGAUUUCUAUAAAGAUGGCUCCCUCAUCAGGACUGAGUCCAAAGGUCACAUGACCCUCCACCAUGUGACCAGCUCUGAUGAAGGCCUCUACAGGUGUAACAUCAGUGGUCAUGGAGAGUCUCCAUCCAGCUGGAUCUCUGUUGAAGAGAAACCAGCCCCCCCUCCCCCUGAAACCACUGGACCUCCUCCUCUGUCUAAAUAUGUGCUGCCAUCUAUUGCCUGUGUCUGGGUUGUGGUUUUCCUUCUGCUGCUGGUUCUACUGGUGAGACGAAGAUGGAAGAGGAAACCUGACAUUAAAGAAAAUGAAGAAGGAGAGGACAAUAUAACCUACAGUGAUAUUAGGAUAACUGAGCAUCAACGGAAAAAAGAAUCAAGUAAAGCAGACCCCAAGGCCCCCAGCACACCAGAGGCCCCGGCAGGGCCAGACACCCGGGCAUACGCCGACACAGACCCAAAUCAACAUACCCCACAGCACCCCAUGCCCCGCUGGGGCACCCACCCGUGGGCAACACACCCCAGGGACGCCAGACUGCAAGCGUUUUUUAGUUUUGAUCUAUGA